AUGGCAGCAGCAAACAACGCCCAGAACGUCAUCCGCAGGAAGCUCGUCAUCAUUGGCGAUGGUGCCUGCGGAAAGACGAGUCUGUUGAGCGUCUUCACCCUCGGUUACUUCCCCACGUACUCGACGCAGCCCGUCAACCCCGAGCCCCGAUCCCUGACGAGACAUGACUUACAGAUCCCCACCGUUUUCGAAAACUACGUUACCGACUGCAGAGUAGAUGGCAAGUCGGUUCAGCUGGCGCUAUGGGAUACCGCCGGACAAGAGGACUACGAGCGGUUACGUCCCCUGGCAUACUCCAAAGCGCACGUCAUCCUCAUCGGCUUCUCCGUCGACACCCCCGACUCCCUCGACAACGUCAAGCACAAGUGGGUUGAGGAGGUCACGCGUCUUUGCCCCGGCGUCCCUAUCAUUCUCGUUGGAUUGAAGAAAGAUCUCCGUGAAGACCCUGUUGCCAUUGAGGAGAUGCGCAAGAAGUCGUUGCGUUUUGUCACCCACCAGGAGGGUGACGCCGCAUCCAAGGAGAUUGGCGCGCGGAAAUACCUUGAGUGUUCCAGUCUUAGCGGCGAGGGAGUCGACGAUGUCUUCGAGGCCGCCACGCGCGCAGCCCUGUUGACCUUUGAGAAGGGCGAGGGCGGCGGCUGCUGCGUCAUUCUGUGA